AUGAAGGAGAGAGCAUCACUAGACAGAGCACCUAGAGCAUGGAAUGAAAGGUUUACUAAUUUUCUACCUACUAUUGGCUUCACUGUUUCUUAUACUGAUCCUAGCCACUUUGUCAAGCACCAAGAUGCAUCCAAGGUAUUCUUACUUUUGUAUGUUGAUGAUAUUAUUAUCACUGGGACAUGUGAACAUCUUAUCUCGGCUGUCAAACUUGCAUUACAAGAAGAGUUUGAUAUGAAAGACUUGAGUCAUUUGCAUUACUUCCUUGGAAUAGAAAUUACAUAUUUGCAGAAUGGUCUAUUUGUUUCUCAACACAAAUAUGCACAAGAUUUAUUGCAUAAGUCUGGGUUAGCUGAUUGUCACACUCAUUGCACUCCUUGCAAGUCUGGUCUAAAAUUACUGAAAACUGCUGGUUCACCUUUGCAAUCUCAUGAUGUCCUACAAUUUCGAAGCAUAGUGGGAUGCUUGCAAUACCUCACUUUUACUAGGCCAGAUAUUGCCUUUGCUGUCAAUUCUGUAUGUCAGUUUCUGCAUUGCCCCACUGAUGAAUAUCUUAUUGCUGCAAGAAGAAUAUUGAGGUAUGUGAAAAGUACUAUGAAUCAUGGGAUCAUGUACAAACGAGGUGAAUACACUGAUCUUCCUCAACUUCAAGCCUUCUGUGAUGCUGAUUAG